AUGAAUAUUAUUUUAAAGAUUUUUUCCAUUUUAUUUAUAAUUCAUGUGGUAAAGACCCAGAAUUCCAAUCAUUUUUGGGAAAAGGAUUUAGUCAUAAAGACAUUCCAAAAUGACGGCAUAAGGAACUACACUUAUUUGUAUGUAGACAUCUCCACUGGGUCACUUUUUGCUGGUGCUAGAAAUUAUUUAGUACGAUUAAGGUUAGAAGAUAUCAGUGACAAAAAUGGACUGAAAACUAAAAGGGUUCUGGCUUCUGAUGAAAAUAGAAAGCUGUGUUCUUUUAAUGGGAAAUCGUUUGAGUACUGUCAGAAUUACAUUAAGUAUAUCGUUCGUGUUGAUAACGCCACACUAUACUUUUGUGGAACUGGUGCCAAUACGCCUUCCGAGUAUAAAUGAAUGAAUACUUUUAUAUUUCAGAUACACGAUAAUGAUUUCAGCCUAUUAUCAUCUCAAAAAGCCAAAGCAUGUCCAGGGGACCCCAAGGAAAACACAACUGCAGUUUAUGUCACUAACGGUAACCCUGGAGAUGUACCCGCCCUCUACUCAGCAACCAUCCUAGACAACGGGAAGGCCACCAUAUCCCGACCACAACUUGUAAAAGAUGGUAACAAAGUGAUUGGAGAUAUGGAGACCGCAGACCCCAUCCGCUGGCUUAAUGAACCCCAGUUUGUGGCAUCUUUUGAUGUAGAUGAAGAUGUUUACUUUUUCUUCUGGGAAAUUGCUGUGGAAUACACAAAUUUCAUGAAAAAGAUGGUCUCUAGAGUUGCAAGAGUUUGUAAGAAAGACAUGGGUGGAAGUAGCUUACUUGUCAACAAAUGGACGACGUAUCAGAAAGCUCUAUUAUAUUGUUCCUUAUCCGGGUCUUCCCCAAUCUACUUCGACUUAAUCCAGGACGUACAGUUGGUGAACAAUACCUUCUACGGAUUAUUUAUCUCCUCUGUUAAUGGGUGGUCUGGUUCUGCCAUCUGUGCCUUUAUGGUUGAUUCGGUCAAAGACAGGUUUGCUGACCGGGUGUACAAGUACCAGGAGACGCCAAACUCCAUGUGGACCCCUCUCCCUUUCAGUAAAAUCCCCGCUAGAAGUGAGCCAGGAAAAUGUAUCAACAAUUCUAAGAGCCUGAAGGAUGUUGAGGAGAAUUUUAUGAUGGAGUAUCCCCUUAAGGAUGCUCCAGUACAACAACAGGGGAACAAACCCCUGGUCUUUAUGGAUGGCAUCCAGAUGCAAGUUCUUCAGGUGGAUACAAAACGAAGUCGUCUGGGAGGUUCCCUCAUUUUCUAUGCUGCCUCUAACACAGAAGUGUACAAGAUUCAUUCAUGGAAUAAUAGCCAAAAUCAGGCCAUAUCUUCAGUGUUUUCCCCAUUGCCAAAAUCAGAAAACAUCCGGGACAUGAAAUUCUAUAAUGAUGAGAUUUACAUAAGUACAGACUCCUUUGUUAAACAAUUUAAAGUCAUCAUUUGUGACCAGUACAAGAAAAUCGAUGCUUGUCUUGAUGACCCAUACUGCAGCUGGAAAGGCAUUUUCACUGGAACUUGUUCUGAAAAGGAAAAGAAUGUUCCUGGGCUCUCUCAUGAGGACAUUGAAGAACUUGAAGAGAAGUACAGUAAUGCUGAGAGCAAUAUUAUCAAAAGAACGGUGGAAGUUGGGCAAUCAGUAAUCUUACCACAUUAUUACCCCUUUACUUUGGAUUACAAGAAGGUAACUUGGUACAAGAUUACGAAUGGUAAAACAGCCCGCGUUGUGCUGGAUAACAAUAUAAUGAUGAGCAGUAACCAGGAUUUGAUUUUGUUUCGAGUGAAAGAAAACGAUGAAGGAAUCUAUGAAGCUUUCAUAGAUGAUAAGAAGUUAAAUACAGUAAACAUGGCAGGGCAUAGGAACUUCUACCCCAAAGUAGGAUUUCCUUUUGAUGGAGAGGUACAUUCUGGAGCUUCUUAUCGCCUUAGUCAGACUGGCGACCACGGAGAGAAGGAUGUCCCCCGGGAUCCGGACAGGCAUGGAGGUCACGGACACAUUGUGGAACGGGACAUCUCUACUGGAACCUAUAACGACAACAUACUGUAA